CCGAGACCAACCCAAAAACAUGCGCAUCUCGCGCGAUGCCCGGCGACCGGCGGCGCUGCUUCUUCCGGCGGUCCUCGCCCUGCUCCUCCUCCCGGCGCCCUCCGACGCGUGGCGGCCCUGGCCCCACCUGAGGACCAACGCCUCCGACGUCUUCGGCGAUUCCAAGAAGUACGAGGGCUCGUCGGAGUUCGUCAAGCUGAAGUACCACAUGGGGCCCGUCCUCACCGCCAACAUCACCGUCCACACCAUCUGGUACGGCGUUUGGGCCCCGGCCCAGAAGAAGGUCAUCCGCGAGUUCCUCAGCUCGAUCUCCGCGACCGACGUGAAGCGGCCCUCCGUGGCCGGGUGGUGGAGGACGGUCCAGAUGUACACGGACCAGACCGGCGACAACAUCUCCCGGACCGUCCUGCUCGGCGAGGAGAAGAACGACCGGUUCUAUUCCCACGGCAAGUCGCUCACGAGGCUAUCGGUGCAGUCGGUGAUCAAGAGCGCCGUCACGGCCCGGACCAAGCAUCUCCCGAUCAACCCCAAGAGCGGGCUGUACCUGGUGCUCACCUCCCCUGACGUGUACGUCCAGGAUUUCUGCAACAACGUGUGCGGGUUCCACUACUUCACCUUCCCCUCCAUCGUGGGCUACACGCUGCCGUACGCGUGGGUGGGCAACAGCGCGAAGCUGUGCCCGGGCGUGUGCGCCUACCCGUUCGCCGUGCCCGACUACAUCCCCGGGCUGAAGCCGCUCAAGACCCCGAACGGCGACGCCGGCGUGGACGGGAUGGUGAGCGUGAUCGGGCACGAGCUCGCCGAGCUGGCGACGAACCCGCUGGCCAACGCCUGGUACGCGGGUCAGGACCCGAGCUUCCCGGUGGAGAUCGCGGACCUGUGCGAGGGGAUCUACGGGACCGGGGGCGGCGGGUCCUACACGGGUCAGAUGCUGGAGGACGGAGACGGCGCCACGUACAACAUGAAAGGGAUCCGACGGAGGUUCUUGGUCCAGUGGGUGUGGAACCAUGUGGUUAACUACUGCACCGGCCCGAACGCCCUCGAUCAGUAAUGUCCUCCUCCUCCUCCUCUUCUUUUUGCUUUUGGUCCCUUUUGUUCGUUUGUUUCCUUCUGGGUUUUGGAGGGUUCCUCUUCCUUUCUUUUAAAAAUUUGAAAAAAAUUCGAAGUGGGUAUUUAUCCAUUUGGUUUGGAUUCUUGUGGGGGGAGGGGGUUGCUGGGUCUGGUCGGUUCUUGGUCUGGUCUGGUAAUGAAUGAUUAGCCGUGGUAGUUAAGUCUGUUAAAUAUGUAAUAAGAACCGUAUACUGUCCUUGUAUACAAAAAGGGAAAGUCUUUUUCUUCUUCGUUCGGACGGUUGUUGUAAUGGUUGUGGGUGAUUGGGCAUUUGAAGAGGGAGACAGUGGAGCGGGUGCAGCAAUGAAGAACAUUGCACUACAGCUGAUGUGGGAAGCACAGCACGGCAAAGCAACGCCCUCCAUUCAAUUCAAUUCAAAUUCAAUUCAGUUCAAUCCCCUUCAGCUUGAAUGAAUGUUAUUGCACGUACCUGGUACCCGCUUCUGCCAGCUCCGAAGGUGGUCUCUGUAAAAAACGUCGUGGUUGGGUUGGGGUGUGUUUAAUUAGGCACGUGAUAUAGCCCUGUGCCACUUUUAAUACGUGAAAUGGACCUGAUGCAAAUCCUCCUACAA